UGCACACGGGCAUGACGUCCGAUGGACUGGAGUUUGAUUGCGAGGUCUUUGCGCUUGCUUUUCAUCCGAAGGAGAAUCUUAUUGCGUCGGGGCUCGUCAGUGGAGCAGUGCAUUUACACUCUUAUCUCACAGCAGAUGUAAGGGAAGUCAGACAUAAUUGUUACCAUUCCAAGGCAUGUAGAGCAAUCACUUUCUCGAAGGAUGGCAACUGUUUGUGGUCAGGUUCUACAGAUAAGUCAAUUGUUGUGACUGAAAUGGAAUCUGGUAGUAAGCUGCAACAUCUCAAGAAAGCACACAGCUCUGCAAUAUAUUCAAUUCUGAUGGUUGAUCACAAGCUGCUGGCUACGGGUGAUGAUAGUGGAUGUGUCAAGGUGUGGGACACAAGAACAUAUGAGACAGUUAUGGAGUUUACAGAAAAUGAAGACUUCAUAUCGGAACUAGUAAUUGACAAGACGGGAAAGACAUUGUUAGCUGCAAGUGGUGAUGGCACGUUGUCCGUACUCAAUAUGAGACGAUCUAGACUUGAAGCGAGAUCAGAUAAUCAAGAGGUGGAACUACUGUCAGCUGCAUUGGUUAAGAAUGGGAACAAAGUUGUUUGUGGUGGUGGUGAUGGAGUAUUAAGUAUCUGGUCGUGGGGUGAAUGGGGUGAUAUCAGUGACCGUCUGCCAGGCCAUCCAUCAUCCAUAGAUGCUUGCAUAUCAAUUACCGACAGUAUGGUGUGUACAGGAUGUCUGGAUGGUGCAAUCAGGCUGGUAGAAAUACACCCAAACAGGGUGUGCAAAACAUUAGGAGAACAUCAAGAGCCAGUUGAACAGCUACGACUGUCACCUGAUGGUGGAAUGAUUGCCAGCUGCUCCCAUGAUGCAACAGUCAAAUUCUGGGAUAUAAAGGACCUGAGCUCAUCUGCCAGUGGCAUGACAAAUGGAAAGAAACGAGCAAAGAAAUCAAGUCAAGAAUUGAAAAGAAAACGAAUUAAACAUAAACAAUGUGCGAAUGAAGACUUCUUUUCCGAUCUAUAGCAUGCAGUAUCAUUGCGUCCCCAUGUACAUGUACAUCACACAUAAUACAGAAGUCAAUAGAGUGUACUCAAAUCUAAU